AUGAAGGACACGGAUAAUACCUCUCCUGUCAGUAAAAUGGAUCUCGAGCUUGAGCACCUUGAAAGCGUGACCCAGGGGACAACUCGAUUGUAUGACGGCGCAUUCAUUCGCCUGGUGCCCAUGCCCUCGAACCAUCCUGAUGAUCCAUUGAAUAUGAGGUCCUACAGAAGAACACUGGCUAUUAUAUCGGUUCUUUUCUAUGGCGCCAUUGCGAUUGCUAUGCAGCAAAUCAUGGCAUCUUUUCUCCCGGUGUUUAUGCUCGAGUAUGCUGGCCUAGAUCCCAAAUUGCUAAAUAACCCCGGGGGUCUUAAUGGCGUGUUGGCUGGACGGUUGGGGCCGAUACAGGGUGGUGCAGGUGGCCCUCUUCCUGCAGCCAGUGGAAGCAGCAAUCCUCUUGCGGCGCUCGCUGCUAUACCUGGAGCACAACCACUCAGCAGAGUGAAUUUUCUGGCUUCAUUUCCCGUCCUGAUGGUUGGUUUGAGCAAUUACUUCCUCAUCCCACUUGCUGUCACAUUUGGACGUCGUCCCGUCAUGAUCUUUUGCGGAGCCAUCGCCUGGACUGCCUGCGUUUGGGCAGGUCGAAGCACAUCUCUGUCUUCACAUAUUGCCGCCAGAUGCAUUCAAGCUAUUGGUGCCGGAGCGGUUGAGAGUCUGAUUCCACUGAUUGUACAAGAUAUGUCAUUCAUUCAUCAACGAAACCGCGCUAUCGGCAUGGUCUGGGCGUCCCAGGGCGUCAUCACAAUUUCGCUUGGUAUUGGCGCGAACUAUAUUGUAUCCCGUAUUAGUUGGCGUUGGUUAUAUUUCAUCGGAGCAAUCAUUACCGCGGUAUCUUGGCUAAUGAUUAUCUUCCUGAUGCCCGAAACCCGUUGGGAACGUUCACCCUCCGAACUCAGAGGCGAAAAAGACGACCUAGACCCGACAAAACGGCGACCAGAUAUUGACUAUGAGACCUACGGCCGUCCUACACCCUGGUCAGAAUUUGGAUUCUUCCGAAAUGGCGGAGUCAAUGCAAAGGCCGGACUUGAGGCGGUGGUUGGAAUCAUGUCAAGUUUGACCUUACCAGCGGUCAUCUACUGUGUGAUCAUGAACGCAGUGCUCUUGGGUAUCAGCUUGGGAGCUAGUCUCACGGCCACGACGGUGCUUUUGGCGCCACCAUACAAUUGGCCAUUCUCCAGCUUGGGCUUGCUUGUCAUCGCGCCGUUUAUCGCUAGCAUUUUUGUGGCCGUUAUUGGGGGAUAUCUGUCCGACAAGACUACUAAUUAUCUCACCAAGAAGUCUGGUGGCGUUCGCGAGCCCGAGGCUCAUCUCUGGAACUUUAUAUUUCCAUUGUUGGCGGGCGUGGUGGGCAGUGUUCUAUACGGUGUCGGGGGAACACUCGUUGAGACCGUCCAUUGGAUGUGCCUGUUAUCCGGGAUCUGCCUGUUAACAUUUUCUUUUCUCACAGUGAAUGUGCAGGCCUCCGUAUUUUGCAUUGAGAGCUAUCCCACCUUGGCAGGACCGGUUCUUGUCAACGUCUCCAGCUUCCGUAACAUCAUCGGCUUUGCCUUCACGUAUGGAAUACCAGAUUGGGUCGCAGGCAUCGGAUAUCUUAAAACCUAUGGCAUUUUCGCUGCCAUCAUUGCAUUAAUGAUGGUUCCUCUACCCAUGUUCUUCCUGUAUGGCAAAAGCUUCAGAAAGUGGGGCGGGUUUGCCAACAAUUCCGCGGCUAAUGGCGUGAAGAAUUGAUGCCUCGAGGUGACAGUGCUACCUACAUUACAACAGCUGAGAAUUUUAUAUAAACUAGUCAAUUCCGUCCCAAGAUGCAAGAGUAAAGGAUCCCCAAGCGAAGCAAUAUAUAUAGGAGGCGUUUAAAUGGGGCGGCGCUACAUCGCCACCCCCCAAAGUGAUUUUUCAAUGUUGAUUCCAUAGCCGGUACAGCGCUCGCCACAUGUGACAUCAAAGCUCUAGUUUCUAGUUUCCAGUUCAAAAU